CUCCUGCCCCAUGUGACUGGGGAGAGGCUGCCCCCGUCCAUGGCUUGGCCUCCCCCAGGCAGCAGCAGCUCCGGCUCCCGGGGAGGAGGGGCAGGGGCUGCUGCUCCAUGGGGAGGAAGGGCAGCCCGCGGCCCCCCCAGGCCGAGGGGGGGUGCGGGCCCGCCCGCCCCUCCCUCCUGUGGGCCCUGCCCGAGGAGCUGCUGCUGCUCAUCUGCUCCUACCUGGACGCGCAGGCCCUGGGCCGGCUGGGCCAGGUCUGCCGGCGGCUGCGCGCCUUCUCCGGCCGGGACCUGCUCUGGAGGCGCAUAGCCCGCGGCUGCCUCAACUCCGGCUUCACGCAGCUCGGCGCCGACCUAGCGGCUGGCAUCCCAGUGAAGGAAAGGGUGAAGGUCUCUCAGAACUGGAGGCACGGGCGCUGCCGGAGGGAAACGCUCCUGAAAUGGAAACGCAACCUGAUGCCCUGGAUGCAUUUAGAUGGCGAGUAUCUCUACCUGUCCCAGGCAGAAGACAUCCGGGCCUACCGGUUUCGUCCAGACAGUACUGGCCUACAACGCCGUCCUCAAGCCAUCUUCUCCGGCCACCAGGAAGAUGUGUGUCGAUUCGUUCUUGCCAGCUCCCACAUCGUCAGUGGAGGAGGUGAUGGAAAUAUCAUCCUUUCUAAAGUCCAUGGCUCCUUCAGCAUAAAGUUCUCUGCGCACGAGCAGGAGGUGAACUGUGUGGAUUGUCAAGGGGGCAUCAUCGUGAGCGGCUCCAGGGACAGAACAGCAAAGGUUUGGUCCCUGUCCUCUGGCAGAGUUGGGCAUUGUUUACACACGGUGCAGACUGAGGACCGGGUCUGGUCCAUCGCCAUUAGUCCAUUAUUAAGUUCCUUCGUGACUGGGACAGCUUGCUGUGGACACACGUCUCCUCUGAGAACCUGGGACUUAGAGAGUGGGCAGCUGGUGACCUGCUUAGGGACCGAUUUCCACCGAGGAGCCGGAGUCCUGGACAUCGUCUACGAAACGCCGUUCACCCUCCUGUCCUGCGGCUACGAUACCUACAUCCGGUCCUGGGACCUGCGCGUGAGCACGAGGAAGUGUGUCAUGGAGUGGGAGGAGCCCCACGACAGUGCCCUGUACUGCGUGAGGAGUGAUGGGAAUCACAUGAUUGCAAGCGGCUCCGCAUAUUACGGCGUGGUGCGGCUCUGGGACAAACGGCAGAGCAGGUGUUUGCAGAGCUUCUCGCUGUCCUCCCCCACCAGCAGCCCCGUGUACUGCCUCCGCUUCAGCACCACCCACCUUUAUGCUGCCCUGGCGUCUGCCCUGCACGCCCUGGACUUCACCGCCCCCUGAUGCCCGGGCCAAGGUCCUUCCCGCACCACAGCUGCCUCUGGCCGCUCCCAGGUUGGCAGGUCUGAUGCUCCGCUCAGGGAUUGCAGGGCGGGAGAGAGGCAAACGGCCAUGGAGACUUCUCAAGGGAUUCCUUAGCGGCCAGAAAGCAUCUCCCUUGAGCGCUGGAAGAGCCAGAUUGUCUCCGACUCACCUGCCUUUUAGUUUAAAUAAAGGCAAAUUGUCCUUUA